CAAAUGUGAAGAUGAACAGAGAAGAGAGAACGAAAAUGAUGAUGAUAUGAUGGAAGCAAAACAAGAUUAGAUUGCCUCAGAAAAAACACUGUCCUCAUAUUCAUUCAUUCAUUCUUUCUCUCAGUAGUAAUUCUUUACUUCGCUUCCAAUCUACGUUCACUUCACUUCCAAACUCCAUUUCCCGUUACGUUUCGGAUCUUUCUCCACAUAAUAUUGCCGCCAUUACCACAAUUCUUUCUCUUUCUUCCUUUCUCUCUUUCCAUUCUUUCUUUUUAUACUCUUGAUAACUGCCAUAUAUUAAGUGAGGAACUAGUUUGCAGCAUAGAAUUGUGAGUGGUGAAAAUUUGAGUUUAUGUUUGUGCGAUGCAAUUCAGUGAAAAGCGAAGUGAUGAGUUGUUGAAACCUUCUGAGGACAUGGUAUUUGGUUUGGAGCUAAGAAAGUUCAGCUCAAAACGGCAUAGCAGCUUGAAGACCGCAAAAGAAAGUUCUGCGUUGCCCCAAACAAGUCGAAUUCCAAAGGAUGAGGAUAAGUUGAAAUUGAAGAGCAGCAUUGGUGCAGAACACCUUGAUAUGAGGCAUAAAGCGAAGAAGGAUGCAGAGUGGAAGAUUGAGAAUCGAGGGAGCUUUAAGAGAAAUGCAACUGAUAGCGAUGAGCUUGUCAAGCACAUGUCGAAUUUGCCAGGUUAUCUCCUGCAACCUGAUAGAGGACACAAGUCCCAGGAGAAGGCCUUUAAUGUUGGCGUUCUAGAUUGGUCUCGGCUCGAGAAAUGGAACCACAACCACAACCAUAUCCCAGUUCUGUCUAGCAACUUUGCAGCAUUCAGUAGCAGUGAAUUAUCAUCAAGAGCAGUUACAAAAUUGUCUACUAGAAGUGUCAGUUUCAGGGAAAAAAAUGAUGAGAAAAAGGGUUUGGCUUCUUCCUCAAGAACCAGGCCAUCUAAAAAGAAUAGGGAAUGCCUUCCGGGAAAUUCUAAACUUCUCUUUCCGGAUGGCCGACAAUCUGGAUCUUCUAGAAGCAAAACUAAGUGCACUGAUGAGCAGAGAAUGGCACCCUUGGCAUUUGAGUCCUUAAGCAAAACUCAUUCAGAUGUAUCGCUUGAGAGGCGGAAGAGGAAUGAUCAUAGUAAAAGAACUUUACAAGAUGGAAAUUCCACUUCAAAUUCAAGGCGGCACCAUGGGGUCUCACAUGUUCCGAAAGAAAUUUCUCAGCAGAAUACAAACAGCUGGCAAGAGUAUAGCCGCAAUAAAAAGGAAAGACAUCAUAAGUUAAGCUCUGAUAUCGGACAGCCAGCAGUAAUAUCAAAGAACAAAGAGGUCUCUUUAAGAUCUAAGAAAGUGAAUUCAAGCAGCAGGGAAAUUGGGAAAAAGGUGGAUCAGUUGCAGCAGUCAGAUUCCAACAACGGUCACAAACAUUGCCAUGAUUUCCGGCUUUCUGAGUUAAGAUCAUCUUCUGAUGAAAAGCGUUCAGAAUCUAGCCAGAGUAGUUCGUCAUAUGUUUCUCUUCCUGAACAGGUUUGUGCUGAAGAUGUAUGUCCUGAAAUCCCUCGUUCAAGUACGCUCAGUUCCGGGGUUGAGUUUACUUCUUUGGAAAGAGUUAGACGCAGCAUUGGUGCUAGUCUGGAUAUGGAUUGUUCUUCUGUUGUGUCUGAGACACCUGUUUAUGCCAAUAGGAUUUCUAAACGUCGUUCAUUAGGAGCUUACUCCGAUGCUGAUUUGUUUGGCACCAACCAAAGAAAUCAGAGCGUUUUAAGUAAUAUAAAGGAACCACUGAACCAAGAAUCGGCAGAGCUGACUUCAUCCAGCCGGAGGGGCAGGAAUAUAUCCCACAGUCGCCGGUUUAGCUUCAGCUUAAGUCGGAUCGGAAGAAGUUUCAGCUUCAAAGAGCCUCCUACACUUCCACGAUCUAGUGCUAAUUAUGUUGGUGCGAAGUCUGGUCCAGUCACGCCUGAAUGUUCCAUUCGUUGGGAUAAUCCUGGCAAAGAGAAGGCAAGUAGUACCCGGACCAACCCUAGCCCCUUGCGGAGGUUAUUAGACCCUAUACUGAGGCACAAGGCAUCAAGUAUACACCAUUCUGCUGAAAGCAGUCAGACACAAAAGGGAAGCAUGAAUUCAGUUAGCUUCGCGGCAUUAAGAGUUGAUGAACUACAGCCUUCUGAAAGAAGCAAGGGAUCAAUGGUUCGUGGCCUUUUGCAGCUUACAAUGAAAAAUGGACUACCUCUGUUUAAAUUUGUGCUCAACAAUGAGAAAAAUAUUUUUGCUGCUACCAGGAGAAGUUUGUCACCACUGGAGAAGGAUGAUUGGGGCACAUAUUUUACAUUCUACCUUGUCAAUGAAAUCAAGAAAAAGAGCGUUGGAUGGAUGAGUCAUGGUAGCAAAGGAAAAAGCUCCGGUUAUGCCUACAAUUGCAUUGCUCAGAUGAAGUUUUCCAGCUCUAAAAUCACCAAGCCAAUCGAUCAGAACUCUAACAGGCAGCGAAUGGUUAAAGAAUAUGUCCUCAUCGCCCAGACGGAACAUGGACAGCCAAAGCUCGUUCAGAGCAGCGAGAUUGCGGCUGUUGUCAUUGAGACACCUUGGGAAAACACGAGCAAUGAAGCAAUGCAUAGUGAUACUGAUUUGCUGAAACAUGGAUGCUUAAGGUGCUUGUCCAAUGAAAGAUGCUUGUGCAGCAGUUCAGGAGAAAAUGACGUGUGUACCACCAAAGUUAUACUCCCAGGUGGUGUUCAUGGAUCACCAAACAAAGGUGAACCGUCACCAUUGAUAUUUCGGUGGAGAACUGGUGGUUCAUGUGAUUGUGGGGGUUGGGACAUUGGUUGCAAACUGCUCGUCCUCUCUAACCAGAAGCAGCAAAGUUCAGACAUUCCGAAAUUUCCAAAACCUUUCCAUGACUGUUUUCAACUUUAUGCCGAGGAAGGAGAUAAGCAAGACACACCCAUUUUCACCUUGUCACCGGUGAAGGAUGGAUUCUACUCAGUUGAGUUCCAUUCAUCAGUCACUUAUUUACAGGCAUUCUUCAUCGCUGUUGCCGUUUUGAGCUGCCAGAAACUUCCAAGCUUUUUGGAAAUGGGUAGCAUGCUUGAAGAUAACCUUAAGGAACCUAGUUCCAAGAACAACAACAGGCCUCAAGGAAAAGCACCCUUAAAGUACACUCCUAUUCCACCACUCUCUCCUGUAGGAAGAGUUUGAUUUGAUGAGGGUUUUUUCUUUUUUUAUUUAUCUAUUUUUUCUCCCGGUUUAUAGUUAGCUUUUAAUGAUCUACAAGUAGCUGAGAAGAGUAGCAAUUUAAUGCACUUUAACACGUUUCUCUAGCCCCUCCAAACUUUUUUCUUUCUACCCUUUUCAUACAUGCAAUCUGGUAUAGCAUUACUCCUUUCACCAGAGAACAUGUUGUUGCAGAUAUGGUUAUGCUCAUUGUGCUCUUUUUAUUCAUUGUACAAAAGAAACCGCUGCAACAUCAGCAUCUUUGUACAAAGCAAACCUUCAAUAAAUGAAACCGGCAGGGUUUAUCCUCUGCAGUAUGAACUACAAAAGCAGUCUAAUAUGCUUGGAAGUGAAAUUGUCCAGGGAAGUUUUAUGUACGAGUUUGAUGUAUAAAUCAACAUAUGAAUUCACUUAUGAAAAUUUUAAUCACAUUUUUAGCCCCCAUAAACAUACCCUCAGACAGAUAUUCUACUGCCAUGAGUGAGGAUAAAUCAAAGUUAGAAGUAUUUGUUGAAUCACAAAUUAUGUUGAUUUUUAGCAUGAGGUAGUUCAUUUCAUUUCAUUCCAUUCAUGAUAUGCAACGAGAGCAAUAUA